CCGCGCGCAGCUUCCCGUACGCGAAGCCCCCAGGACCGCGGGGACCCAGGACCCUCCGGGCCGGAUCCUCCGAGCGGCGGCGGCGGCGACGGCGGCGGCUGUUGCUAAGGGAGGGGACGCGCGACCCGAGCGGCGGACGGCACGGAACGCGGCUGGCCGAGUGGGCCCCCUCCUCCGAGACCCUCCCCCGCGCCGCGCCCGGGUCAGCGCGCUUCCCCCGGUAGAGAAGCCGCGAGCACAGCCCCCACCCCGGAAGGUGCACCCAGGAGCCGCCGCGACCCCCGAGCGCCAGUCGGAUUUUUUUUUUUUUGGCUCUCCUUACGCCGCCGGGACGUCCUCAGGGGAGACCCGCGCCGCCCCCAGCACCCGGAGCAUCGCGGCUCGGCGGAUUCCCGGACCCGACGCCGGCGGCGCGGCGAGGAUUGGCGGCGCCCCGCGGAGCCCAGCCCCCCAGCGCGCGCCGGGGAUGGAGCCUCAGCCCGGCGGCGCCCGGAGCUGCCGGCGAGGGGCCCCCGGCGGUGCCUGUGAGCUGGGCCCGGCGGCCGAGGCGGCGCCCAUGAGCCUGGCCAUCCACAGCACGACGGGCACCCGCUACGACCUGUCGGUUCCGCCCGACGAGACGGUGGAGGGGCUGCGCAAGCGGCUGUCCCAGCGCCUCAAAGUGCCCAAGGAGCGCCUGGCGCUGCUGCACCGGGACACCCGGCUCAGUUCGGGGAAGCUGCGGGAGUUCGGCGUGGGGGAUGGCAGUAAGCUGACGCUGGUGCCCACCGUGGAAGCGGGUCUCAUGUCCCAGGCCUCCAGGCCCGAGCAGUCUGUUGUACAAGCCUUGGAGAGUCUGACGGAGACCCAGCCCCCAGCAGCGCCUGGGCCGGGCCGGGCUGGCGGAGGUUUCCGGAAAUACAGAUUCAUUUUAUUUAAGCAUCCGUGGCACCGACAGGGACCCCAGAGCCCAGAGAGGGGCGGCGAGAGGCCCCAGGUCAGCGACUUCCUGUCGGGCCGCUCGCCGUUGACCCUGGCGCUGAGAGUGGGCGACCACAUGAUGUUUGUCCAGCUGCAGUUGGCCGCCCAGCACACGCCACUGCAGCACCGCCAUGUGUUGGCCGCUGCAGCUGCUGCCGCCCGAGGAGACCCUAGCAUCGCGACCCCCGUGGCUUCUCCCUGCCGGCCCGUGUCCGGCGCCGCCCGAGUCCCCCCAGUGCCCGCCAGCCCUUCCCCCACGCCUGUCACAGCUGGCUCCUUCCGAUCCCACGCAGCCUCCGCCACCUGCCCUGAGCAGGUGGACUGCUCCCCCGCCGCCAACAGCAGCGCCAGCCCUGGUGCCAGCACGUCGUCCACCCCGGGGGGCAGCUCUGCCGCCCGUGCCCGCACCCCCGGAGCCGUCAUCGAGAGCUUCGUGAACCACGCCCCGGGGGUCUUCUCAGGGACCUUCUCUGGCACACUGCACCCGAACUGCCAGGACAGCAGCGGGCGGCCGCGGCGGGACAUCGGCACCAUCCUGCAGAUCCUCAAUGACCUGCUGAGCGCCACGCGGCAGUACCAGGGCAUGCCGCCGUCCCUGAGCCAGCUGCGCUGCCACGCCCAGUGCGCACCCACCUCGCCCAGCCCCGACCUCGCCCCCAAGACUACCUCGGUGCCCCCAGCCUCCCUACUGCAGGGCCAGAGCCAGAUCCGCAUGUGCAAGCCCCCCGGGGACCGGCUGCGGCAGACGGAGAACCGCGCCACGCGCUGCAAGGUGGAGCGCCUGCAGGUGCUGUUGCAGCAGCGGCGCAUGCGCAGGAAGGCCCGGCGGGACGCCCGCGGCCCCUACCACUGGCCGCCCAGCCGCAAGGCCAGCAGCGGCGGCGGGGGCGGUGGCGGCGGCGGCAGCCCCGGCGAGGCCGCCGGCCUGGGCCUGGACUUCGAGGACUCCGUGUGGAAGCCGGAAGUCAACCCUGACAUCAAGUCCGAGUUCGUGGUGGCCUAGGGCCGGCACCCCCUCCCCAGGAGCAGCCUCUCUCUGUCCAGUCCUCACCGUCCCCGUGGCCUUGGCCUCCUGCCCCCUGCGCUCCCACAGUGCCCGCCCCUUCCUCCCUCGCCCAGCGGGUCCCUCCCCGCCCCCCCUCCCCAGCUCCAAAUAUGUAGCAGUCUUUCCAGAUGGCUGAGAUGAGGAAGCCGCCCCCACCCCCUUCCGCUCUGCCUUCCUCCCCCCACGCCCUCCGCCUCCCCCCACCCUAUUCAGGUUUUAAGUCAAAAAUGUAGAUGCCUCAUUAUGCACUUUACAGAGAGGGGGGGGACCCUUCCCGCCCCCACCGCGGACUUCCGGCCUCCACCCACCCACCUGUCGACCCAGGAGCCAACCAGGGGAACUGUGUUCUGCCACAUUUUUUUUUUUUUUCUCUCUUCGGUUUCUUUUUCCAUUUUCCCUUUUUCUUUAGAAAAACGAAGCUGUUUCAGGGGGCUGCCUUGGGUUGGGCCAGGGUCAGGGACCCUUCCCUGCCGGGAACAGACCUCGGCCCGCCCCUGCCGGCCUCCAGGGCUGCGGGGGUCCCUGGUGCCCACCCGCUGCCUCCACCUGUGUCCCCGGCCUGGCUGAGCUUGGGUAUUUAUAGACUAUUAGCUUUCUGACUGAGCCAAUGGAGGUUGGGAAUCUGGCAAACGUGGGAGAGAAAUGGCUGGGGGGGGUUGGAGGAGCCCCCCCCCCGCCCCCUCCCGGCCCAGCCUGAGGGAUGUGGGACUGUGGUCUGGGGGCCUCCCUGGAGCGGAUGGGAGCUGUGAAAGCCCUGGCGACACUGUAGCAUUAGCCCCCUGAGGGGGGGGUCCGCUGCUGGUCUGACUUGGACCCUCCCCAUUCCGGUGCCCAUGCCCUGGGGGGAGGGGUCGUUGGCCCCUGGGGCAGAGGGAUAGACCCCCCCAUUGGGGCUGCUUCCAUGGGGGUGGGUUUCUCUGUGGGUUUUUUUUUCCCAUUCACUUUUAUUUGUUAAUGAUGAUGGGAUGUUCGGGUCCUGCCCACCCCCUGUCCUCCAGGCCCCUUUGUAGGUGACCCUAGCCCUCACCCCCCACCGCGUGUCUCCAUGGUUUCUGAGGAUGUGAACUUAAUGUGUUAACUGUAGCUCUGUAAACUCGUGGGGGGGGUGGGUGGGCAGGGAGGGUCGCAGACAGUGCAGAUGGAGGGGUUGGUUUGUUUUGUUUUGUUUUUGUGUUUUUUUUCCAAAAAAAAAAAAAAGGAAGAAAAAAAAGCAGGGGCGGGUUUGUUUUUUGAAGAACUGUCUUGGAUACCUAUUUAAACGUGUGUUGUGUUGUUUUAUAACGAUUUGUAAAUCUGCU